UAUAUAAACUGUAUACACAACCACUAUAGUAAGUACAGUUUGUGUCUGGGCACCAAUAAAACCAUUACAAUGAUUACGUCGUCGGCAAAGAGUUCCAUAAUGUAUCCAAAUGGCAUACUGGAAAACGAACCCAGGAAACCAGAGAUGGCUGACCAGUCACGAAUGGCAAGUUUCUUUUCAUACCCUUACACGUCUGAAGUAAGUGCCUUUGAACUGGCAGAAGCAGGCUUUCAUUACGAUGGACAAAAUGAUGAGGUAAUGUGUCGUCAGUGUGGACUCAGGUACAGUGGAUGGCAAAAGGGAGAUGACCCAAAAAAACUGCAUAUGAAAAUUUUCCCCUGUUGUCCAUUCUUUCAAAAAGGAAAAUCUGAAAAUGUUUUCAUGGACUACUUUCAACAAAGAAACGUACUUUUCUCUGGUGCAUGUAGUAAACCGGUAAACGUAGUGGCAGAACGAAAACGUGAAGACAGGACAAAGCAACAACACGAAUCUGAACCCUUUUCAGGAACGGAAGAGUCGGCGAUUAUUGCAGCUCCUAACGAGACACAAACAGUAGAGCAAAUUGACCAAAACAACAGAGAAGUCUUGUCUAAUACAGGUCACGACUCUGCAGGUCAUUCUGACACAAUAACAAUCCAGACAUCGACUGGAUCACUAGAGACAGUCUCACCGAAGUAUCAGCAGUUCUCUGUACUCGCCACCCGUCUUACCUCAUAUAGACACUGGCCACAACAUCUCAAACAACGUCCCGAGGACUUGGCAAAAGCUGGUCUCUUUUAUGAAGAAACAAACGACUACGUGAGAUGCUUCCACUGCGCAGGGGGAUUACGUGAAUGGGAACCGGAAGAUGACCCCUUUUAUGAGCAUGCGCGCUGGUUCCCUUUUUGUCCGUUCAUGAGACUGAUCAAGGGCGACAAGUUCAUAAUGGGUGUCCAGUCUGGAACGAUCAAACCAACUGUUAUACAGCCGGUUGAUAAACUGAAGUCAGAACAAAGUAAGGAAUUAAACUUAUUUGACCACCCGGCUGUACUUAGCAUCAUGGAGAUGGGCUACAGUAAAACUAUACUGACCAAAGCAAUUACAAUCUACAGGAAACGCCAUGGAAUGGAAUUAAGUGCCGACAAGUUAUUGCCUGUUGUCUGGGAAAUAGAGGAAACUAAUAUAGAUAUUAUUCAAGGCGAGGACAAUGUUAUAAACGAGCAGACUAACGAUAACGGAAGUGGUGAUAUCGGUGAUAUAAUGGGACUAGACACGUCAGUAGAAAGUGCCCUGAAAGUCAUUGAUGAAUUAAUAGAGGCAAAUCGGGAACUUCGUGAACAAAAGAGAUGUAAAGUUUGUCUUGACGAGGAGGCUAGUAUUGUGUUCCUGCCUUGUGGACAUUUAGUCACGUGUCCUAUGUGUGCAUCUGCCUUACGUAAGUGUCCAGUUUGUCGGACUUACAUCAGGGGCACGGUCAAGGCUAUCAUUUCAUAAUCCAUAGCUUGUGCUACCAUUCUUUUGCACUGGACCUAUGAAAUUUGGACAGAUAUAUGCCUUUUUGAAGUCCAGAUCAUUGAUGGUCAGUUGGCGGAGAGGAUAUAGCACACGCCUUUUGCUGAAAGCGUUUGGGUUCGAUUCUCCUAUCGGAGACGAAAAAGGUAUUGGUCAUUUGCCCGACCACGUGAGUUUUCUCAGAUUAAGAUCCAUCAACUAGAGUAAUAAAGAUUAAAAGGACACGUUUAAGUAUAUUAUUCUAAUGUUAACACUUACAUUAGAGACGGACAAAUUGAGAAUUUAAGGCGAAUGGCCAAUACGUCAGUCGGAGGUUUCCCCGGAACACUCAGAUUUAGACGUCCAAUUAGUCACGUAUUGUACGGUUUGAUGAACGUGACGUUUUGAUUUCUGUGGGUCAUACCAGGGUAGUUGGUAUGUUCGCCGAAAUAGUUAUACAAUCUGGGAUGUACGAGAGUACAACCAUAUUUUGUCCCAAAGUAAAAGACUCGACCACCAUAUUUGAUUCAUGGGUUUCCAAAAGCUAACGGGGAUUUCGGGUAGCUAUUAUAUUUUUUUUUGUAUUUAAUAUACCUGUGUACAUGUAUAUAGGAAUUAUAAACUGUAGCAGCGUACCAGUCGGAUAUUUGUACUUCUCAUAGGACAAUUAUAUUUAGUUAUUUUGUUUUUGGUUGUUACCUGUCACAAAAUAGUUAUUUUGUUAAAAAAAUGUUUUUGGACAAAAGUUUACCUCCAACCGAACCUUAAUCAGGUAAAUGAUUUAUUUAUUUUGGAAUUAAGUCUCACCAAUAUUGAUUGAAGGUCUUUUGUUUUUGUUUUGUUUUUGUUUUGUUUUUGUUUUAUUGUUUUUGUUUUAAUUUGAAUGUCUUUUGAUGCGUUACUCCGUAGAAAAUCGGAUCUGUAUGUAUACAUACUGCACGCGUCUUAUUUGAAUACUAGAUGAUCCAGCUGAACUGAUAAAUCCCCAAUAUAUAUUUUUAACAGCUUUUCUACACUUAAAACAAUAAUCAUAAAUCACAAAAACAUUCAGUGGAGUGGUCACAUUUGUGAUAAUCCUUUAUUUUGCAUCUAGUAGUAUCAAUAAUCCACAAACAAACUGUGUAAAUUGCAUGCUAAUACAUGUAUUAUGUUAUUUAACAAUUGAAAAGUUUAAAUAACGAUUUUCAAGGAAAUUUGAUGUAAUAAAUAAAAGGAAAACUUAAAACCAAAUGUGAACUAUACGCGAAUACACAAACCCCCAAAACAACAAAACCAAACAGUUAUACACCCGUCAAGUAAUUAGGUCUAACAAUUAAACAGAAGCCGCCUUGUUUUUAAUUUAAAAUCCUGUAUCAUUCUUUUGAUUUAUUUUUACAAAUAACAUCAACACGCAAGCACAAAACAUAUCACGGACUAAGUCAUUAUUUUCUAUAGGCGGUUUGUAGUUAUAUGUAUCACCAAUGAUAGAUAACACAUCCUUAACCGUCAUAAUGUCGACUGGCUCAGACAAAAUUAAUAUCAUAGGAUAAAUACAUACUUGAACGAAAAUUUAACUGAUUAAAAAUAUAACAUUGUUGUUACUUUUUGUGCCCGGAUCUUGCCCUAUCAUCUUAUUCAGACUGCAAUGUGUGUUUCCAUGUAUAUUUAUUGUUUACGUUUUAUCAAUAAAAUAUUCGA